AUGGGAGUUCCAUUCCCAGAUAUUAACCCAUACGAAAUACUAGAGGUUUCACAGGAUGCUUCACCGAUAGAAAUCAAAAAAUCAUAUAAAAAACUAUGUUUGAAAUAUCAUCCUGAUAAGUUACAACAACAAAAAGAUUUAGUGAUUGAAGAAGAAUAUUUCACUAAAAUUCAAUUUUCAUUUAGCAUUUUAAACGAUCCAAUAAAAAGAACUAGAUAUGACACAUUAGGUUCACUAUCAGAUUUCAAUGAUGAUUACGACGAUGACGGUGGAUUUGAUUGGAAAGAAUAUUUUGCAUCAAUGAAUGAUAAAAUAACUAUCGAAAUGAUUGAAGAAGAUAAACUAAAAUAUCAAAACUCAGAAGAAGAAAAACUGGAUAUCAUCACAAACUUUGUAUAUUAUGAAGGAGAUUUUUUAAGAUUAUUUGAAGUUAUACCUCAUUUAGAAUUUACAGAACCUGAAGAACAAAGAGUAUUUAAAAUAAUUGAAAUAGAAAUACAAACAUUAAAACUUGAUAAACAAAUUUUAAAGUCAUGGGAAAAAUAUACAAAAAGUCGAAAAACAAAAGUUAAAAGUAUGUUGAAUAAAAUAGCUAAAGAAGCAAAAGAAGCUAAAGAAUUAGAAAAUUUGAUUCAACAAAAGAAUAAAGGUAAAAAACAAGAUUUGAAAAGUAUGAUUAAAAGUCGUCAGAAUAAUAGAUUUGAUGAUUUAAUUUCUAAAAUGGAAUCAAAAUAUAAAAAUAAAAAGGGUAAAAAGAGAGUUGUAGGUGAUAUUGAUGAUGAUGAAUUUGAUAGAAUUCAACAAGAAAUGUUAAAGAAGAAAAGGUAA